ACCGGGUCAGAGGUUAGUCCACAUCCUCAGACUGGUGACCAGAUGAUAUGAGAGCUCUUUAACACCAGAGCUAAAGAAGAAGCAGGUGGAUGCUUCAUGGUAAUAUCAGCUUACCAUACAAUGAUGAAACAUUCCUCCCUUUCCCACUGACGUGGAUGGAUUCUAAGGAAGCACCACAUUAACUCUGUUUUGCCUACAAGAACAAGGGCUUUGCUUCUGCAUGUAGACCACGAUCAAGACUUCUAUUAUCUGUGGAGCAGGAAAAAAACUUGGAUGCAAUCAUGAUUAGGAAUCCAGAUUUUGACACAUUUGUUUGCUGUGCCGUUUGUUCAAAACUAAUUCCACCACCUCCUACACCAGAGACCUUUGAAAGGAUUAGGGAAUAUAAGCCUUACAAAACACGGUAUUAUACGCACAAAGAUAUACUGGAGCUUGGAGCUGACCUUAAGCAAGCAGAAGCAGAAAGAAGAGAAAUUGAAAUUGAAAAAAGAAUUGAUAAAGUACGAACUAGACUGCUGCUUCAGGCUCAGACCGAAAAAGAGGAUGCAGUGGAAGAUGCUCUCAAUCGUGCCGAUGUUCUACACAAGAAAGAUCUUGAAGAGCUUAAAGCAAGAGAUGAACAAGCAUUACAGGAAGCUGUAAAGAAGACACAGCUAGAAAUGCUGCAGCAUUUGGAAGCAGAACUAAAGAGAGAAUCAGAAGCUGCUGAGCAACGGAUGACUCACAAACUUCAUCGGCUCAUACUUCAGUUUCAGCUGGAAAAGACAGCAGCUAUAGCUGAAAUGAGACGGGAGGAGCAAGGAAAGAUAACUGGAAUCCUUGAUGCACAAAAAAAGAAGUAUUUGGAGCAAAUUGAGCAAGCUAGUGCGAUUGCUAAUGAAAUUUAUCAGAGAAACCUGGAACGGUUAACUUGGGAAAAAAAACAUGAAAUGGAAAUGGCUCUUGCGGUCUCCCAAAAGGAGUUUAAGGAAGAAGCAGAGAAGCUGCUCAGAGAAGCAGACAAUGUUCGCGAGGCUCAGCUGGAAGAAGUGGCAAAUACGGUGAACCGGAAAGAAAGUCAGCUCCUAUCUCUCAGCCAGCAACUGGAAUACAUGACAGCCUGGAAAGACAGCCUGGAAGCUGAGAUAUUAGAAACAAGAGAAACCUUUCAGAAAUACAUAAAUCUCACAUUUCCCCAGCUUGCCCCAGGGCAAGCAGAUUUCAUCUUGCCGUUCAGAAAAAUUACUGCAUUCACAGACUCUGAAGUUGAAUAGCACACUGUCAAUUAGGAAAGCUAUCAGUGCAUCUGUCUAAUUUGUUGCCAACAUCCAGAUAUGCUACUGAGUGCUCCCAGUGUGUGUUUGUCUGUCGGAGGAAUAAAGCCAUCUUUCCUCACUACUUUAUAAAUGUGCAUUUAUCAGAGUACAAACGCUCUUCGUAUGUUAAUUUCCCCCAACACCAUUUUAGAAUGCAUUUGAAAAUAUCAUCCUCAC